UUGGCUCAGUUUCUAAGUGGUUUGUCCAGAUCCAGUCCAUGUUGGGCGCCAGAUCCAGUCCAUGAGAGGGGCCUGGUUGCUGGUGCCGCUGCUGUCGCUGUCACUGGCUGCGCGGGAGGGCUCGGAGCUGGCCGAAGACUUGGACGGAGGAUGGCGCCAUAGCCACGCGGAAAAGCACCGGGACGUGUCUGGUGCGCUAGGUCCGUGGGCGGGCCACCGCAGCAGCCUUGCCGAGCGACGGCAAAGGGCACGUCGAUCUCGUCAUGCCAGACACCGCCGGUCCAGACAGCGGCCCGCGCGGUCCAUGUCCCGCCGGCAGAGUGAGCCUCCCGAGACAGAAACAUCUGGCGCAGAACCUGCCUCUGGUGGAGGUGAAGACGCCUCGCGAGAGGAGAAGCUGCAGAUUGAGACGGCGGCGCGGAAGGAGCCUGACGACUGCGGGCCCUUGAUGGGCGACGAGCCCGCCGAGGUGCAGGCGCAGGUGCGGCGGUGCUUGAAGCAGCGGAAGCGGCAGGUCCUAGAGGUGCAGGAGAAGCUCCAGCAGCGCGCGAAGCAGGAGCGGCUCCUGGCGGACGAGUCGGACAAGGUGAGGAAGCUGCAGAAGGAGAUUGGGGACAUGGAUGCCACCACAGCGGCCUUUGUCAACGACGAGCAGGUCGUCAAGGCGGCGCUGGAGCAAGACAAGCAGCGCGUGCAGCUGCGCAUCAACAAGCUGGACGCCGACGGGGAGGAUGCCGACUGAGAGGCUUUCGCGCAUUUGCGCGGCCAUCUUUUCAAAGAAAGUGAGGCGAAUCGUUGCUCUGGCCUCUCCCGACGGGGCUCUUUGAGUUUUCGUUCUUUGUCU